UGAACUUCAACAAGACUGAUUUGACAAGGCAGAUAGGAUAGUUGCACAGAAAACCGUAAUUGUAUUUAAAUGACUGGAUCAUUUUGAAGAUAUAAUGUUUCUUUGAGUGCAAAGUAACUUUGUGAAAAGGGAAUAGUUCUAUUCUUCUGCUCUCAGUUACUUUCCCAUCUGGACACAUCUGUGACUUCCAGCCAAUUAGCAGAGGCCCCCUGAAGCCCUGGCUCCUCCCGCUGUCCCUGUGCCAUGGCGAAGAGUGACACGUGGCCGGGCGGCGUUGCCAUGGAAUCCUUGAUCAAUAUGGACAGCGCUGGGAGCUAUGACAGUGUGGUCAGCAUGAACUCUGGCUUUAGUGAUGACAGUCUGGACUACCUCUCUGUUGAGGAGCGGGCGUGCCUCAUGUUUCUGGAGUCCACCAUUGAGUCCCUGGAGAUGGAGGAGGACAGUGGCCUGUCCAAUGAUGAACCAGACCCCAGCAGCCUGGCAGCCGAACAUAACCACCUCUCUAUGGGACAGACUAGACUGGAGGAUGUAUCAAAACUCCAGCAUGACGACUCAGGAAGAGAUCGGAAGUCCUAUCUGAACUGCCGAGUGCCUACACCACUUCUUCUGGCAAAUGGCCUUGCCAGUAUACAACUCAAAGUCACAGGGGUAACCACUCAUCCCAGUGUCCCAACUGCAGCAAUUGUGCCCAAAGCCCCAUUAGUAGAAACCCAGCCCAGUACCCCAGGGGCAGUCACUGAUCUGAAACCCCAAAAGGUAAUCACUGAACCCACGGUCCCAGAAGUAGUCACAGACCCUAAAGCUCCAAAGAUAGCAACUGUGCCCAAGACCUCAGAGUUGUCUUCUGACAUCAAAGCUCCUGGGUUGGUCACUAUCACAAAAGUUCCGGUGCUGUCCACUGAAUUUAAAACCCCCAAAACAACCCUUUCAUUAGCCACGUCAGAUUUACCCACAGAUGAUUCUGUGGACAACAUGCCUAAAGGAGUCUCUGUAGACAGCAAGCCUGCAAAGUGCAACACUAAGGUUCCAUCUGAGCUGGAUCUGAAGCUGAUUCCCCCUCCCUCAGACUUUAGGGAUGAUGAGCUAGAGGAAGAGAGUGAUCCUCCAGUGCCUGCAGAACUCAGAGGUCCUCUGACCUACAAUGAGCUGGAGCAACUACGCAGGCAGGUCUCUAUGAAGAGAGCUGCACCAGCCUCCCCUGGAGCCCAAGAGGCACCACCUUCUAAACCCUGUGUUGAUCUGCCUGUCAGUACCCAAGCACUACCCUCCCCCUCAGAUGUCCUACCCACCCCUAUUCCUGAGGCCCUGGAACCAAAGAGCCGACCUGCUGUGGCCCCUAAGCCCAAGAGGCUUCCCUCCAACAUUAUCCUGAAGUCUCACAAGUUAGACAGUCACCCAAGCCCCUCGCCCAUUGACAGGUCAAUGAUUGACCCCCAGAAGGUGCGCAGGGAGGCCCUACGGAAGCUUGGGCUCCUGAAGACUGAGGAUGGAGACUCAGGCCCUGUUGUUUCAUCCAAAUCCAGGAAGUCAUGGGCAUCCCCUCCUUCUCACAGCCUGGUUACCACCCAGACCAAAGCCCCAGCCAAAAUCCCUACCCCAGCUCCAGUCCCAGCCAUCACCCUUACCCCAGUUCCUGCCCCAGCACUAACUCCAGCACUAGUCCCAGCCCCAGUUUCAGCGACUAUCCCAGCCCCUCCCACUACUCCAGCCCCAGUCCCAGCCCAAUUCAGUGACAAUGCCAAAACUCUGCCCUCACCUGCUGCACUUCCUUCACCACCCAAGCAUAUUCCCCCUCCCAUAGGGGUCAAAUCAGCGACUCUGGAGCGCUCCGGCAAGGGCCUGAGCAGCUACAUGGCCAGUAAUGCCUCCCUCAGGGCCAACCAAGGUCCCAAAGUCGCACUGUCCCCUGGCAACCUGCGCAACUCUAGACCCCGCCCUGCCUCCCUAGGAACUGGGAAAGACUUUGUGAAUGUUCAGGGUGAGGCCUCCCACCCCCAGCCAGUUCAUGGGGAGUCCCAUAACAAGCUGCCCCGCUCCCAUGGCAUCAGUGUGCUCAUCUGCCCCAACAGCAAGAGUGGAGAGGACCGACGGGAGGCCCUGAAGAAGCUAGGACUACUGGGGGACUGAGGGCAUGAAGAGGAGCAAUGGAACUGCACCAUUACAGAAUCAAUAUGAGGGGUGAGGUCUGAGGAGGAUGUUCUUAAUAUGGAUUCCGUACAACUAAACCAUCCUCUAGUCUUUGGUCACGGGGACACUUACAUUUAUGGGAAGAUUAUUCUCCCCAUAAAAAUGCCUUCUUUGAAGCAAUAUGCAAGGAGCACUAUUUGAUUGAUGGAGAAUUACUUGGCUCUACAGACAGCUACAGUAUAUAUUCAUAGAGGGCAGUGUCUUUUUGCCUUACUGCACAGAAAUGCCGUAUGUACCCGAAGACUGCCUUUUAAUGAAUAUCAUGAUUACAAUAUACUACUAUGAGAUAAUACACUAACUACAGUAUGCAGUACAGUAGGUAAAUGAAAGGCUGUUUGUAAACCUCAUUUGACAUAUUCAGUAAUUUUCUAAAUAAAAUAUAAUAACUCCACGAGGGAUGUUGGAAUGAAAUUGUAUGGCAUCCUCUACACAAUCUGUUUUCUAAAAUGGGGAAUAGACAUGAUGUUAUUGUUACAGUUAAGGAUGUGCCUUUAUAACUUCUCUUUUCACGUAACCUUUGACAAGAAUACUAUCGUUUUAACCUCCUAAAGUUCCUCCCCUCAAAGUUAUUGUUUUUUGGGGGGACCAUGGCAACCAGUAAAAAUGUUUUUGCUGAGUUGCAAUUUGAAUCUGACUCAAUUAAAGGUGUCUAAAGACUUUGUUUGAUGGAGUGAUUGGCAGUUGUCAAGGAACCAAAUUAAAAGGUCGAAAAAUGUACUACUACAUAGCGUACAGUAUGUAGAUAGAAGCUUCAGUCAGUCAGUGGCCAGUCAGGGAUAGGAAUCUGAAACAUGGUUUUAGGUGUGAUGCACAUCACAACCCAACCCAGGUCUGUCAGUGGUGAGAUGAUUGAAAUACUGUUUUUAUAGUUGAGAGAGCGACUUCCUGAUUGUUCCUAAGAUUGUAUCACCUCCUAAAAUUCUACCAGUUUGGGUUCAUGUAGUUACUAUUCAUUGUAUGUCAAAAUUCAUCACUCUCAAACUGUUAGCGUAGCAUUUAGAAUUGAAAGAGAAGGGAAAGGGGAUGCCUAGUCAGUUGCGUAACUGAAUGCAUUCAACCGAAAUGUGUCUUCCGCCUUUAACCCAACCCCAGAAGUGGCUCAUUAAGUGUUACCCGUGGCAGGACUUUUUAAACCAUGUCAACGUUUUGUUUUGUAAAUAGAGAAUAAACCUUGAAACUAU